AAGAACAGGCUGUCUAGAGUCAGUGUUGGGAGUGACAUGGGCACCAAAGAUAAUGGGCUGCACCGUCAAGCAGCCAGAUGUUUCGCUUAACUAAAAUGCAAAAUAGAUUUUAGGCGUCUACAUAACCAUGGGGAGUUUUUUGGCUGAUAUUUUUCUGCUGCUGCUGGUUUCCACAGGACACGUUUAUGGAGUUUCAUUUUAUGGAGAUGGCUACAUCUACCUGCGGACAGUGGAGACGUCCAUUCAGACAUUAAUCCAAGUUCGAUUUCGAACCUCAAGUCAGUCGGGGCUGCUCUUUUUGGCAGCAGGACACACAGACUUCAUGCUUCUGGAGCUGAUCUCUGGGUACCUGCAGGUACGUCUGGAUCUGGGCUCAGGUGAGCGUUUGCUGUGCUCAGAAAAGGGCAUCCAUCUUAGCGAUCUGGCAUGGCACACUGUGGAGCUGACCCACACCCACCAAAAUAUCACUAUGACUGUGGACCGAAACUCCCACACCAGCCUCCAAAUGCCAGGACCAGAUCUAGAGCUCAGUGUGGAGGAUGGGCUCGUUGUUGGCGGGACAGCUGGAGUAAAAUACCCCUAUCUUCGUGACGCCUCCUCUGGGUUUAGGGGUUGCAUGGAUGAAGUCAUCUUUAACGAACAUAAUUUACUGUCCAGCCUCAGGCCAUAUUCUGGUUACAAGACUGUCCAAGAGGUAUCUCUGGGCUGUAGUCCGCAGUUUUCUGCAACAGAAGAAGAUCCUGUCAGUUUUUUCAGCUCAAAAGCCUUCAUGUCACUCCCACCGUGGGAAGUGCUUCAGGAGGGAGUUUUUGAAUGCGAACUACAUCCUGCUGCAAAAGAAGAAGAUGGUGUGGUCCUGUAUAGCUCUGGCAACCAGGGAGGGUUUGUUGCAAUCGAGAUCAUACGUGGUCACGUGGUGGCUUCGGUAAGAAGUGGAGAGGGGAGUAAAACUGAGCUGCAUUCUUUAACACAUGUAAACAGCAACCACACCUGGUAUCCCAUCCAGCUUAACUUGCUGCCUCACGGUGUUCAGCUGAAAGUAGGCAAGGAGCUGGUGAAGGCCAGUCUGAGCCCAGAGAUUCAGGUCAUCCAACUCAUGGGGCCCCUCUUCCUGGGAGGGCUGGAUGAAGCAGCCCAUGGAGAAGCAAAUCGGGCUGGAUUGCUUUCUGUUCCAUCUGGAGGAGGAGGCUCCUUUAAAGGCUGUCUUCGAGAAAUCAGGGUGAACACUCAAAAAACAGGCCUACCUCAUGCCACAGUCACCAAGGACAUCACUGUGGGCUGUAAGACAGGGCAAGCUCCACAGACGGUAAUCCUCACCAACCCAACAGAUCUUCCUGAGGUUGAUCUUACAACUACACAGACUAACACGAAGAGGAGCCCUAACUUCUUGAUGCUGAGGAAGCUAGAAGUAGCCGAGGGAGGCCGGGCACCUCUUGAACCAAAACACAUAAAGGUGAAUUUGGACUUCCGUAAACUGGGCAUUCAUCCAUCCCAGUUGAUGUUCCGCAUUGAGGAACAGCCUGUUCAUGGCCAGCUCCGGUUGGACCUCAGUCCAGACCCUGAUGGGAUUCUGGGCAGGGGCCAGGAGAAGACAAUCACGAUAGGAAUGGAGGAGAAGGACCGGACGUUCAGUAUGCUGGACCUGUGGCAGGGUAGAGUGAUGUACGUUCACAGUGGUUCAGAGGACCAGAAUGACUUCUUCAUAUUUUCAGUCUUCUCCAGCAAUAAGAAGGAGCCUCCUGUGUUUCUCAAGGGCAACCGUCUGCACCGAUUUGAAAUUAGCAUCAGUCCUGUUAACGAUGCACCUGUGCUGAGCCUGCCAGAGGGAAACUAUUUUACUCUACUGGAAAAGUCCAGACGACAGCUGACUACAGAUAUGCUGAGAGUCCUAGACCCUGACAGCAAUCCAGAGGAGCUGGUUUUCACCUCCCUGGAAAACCUCAGCACCGAGGCUGGACACCUUGAGCAUGAGGAUUACCCCGGCAGGCCCAUCAACUUGUUCUACCUAAAUGAUCUGGAGGAGGGUAAGAUCAGCUUUAUCCACACAGGGGUCUCAACUUCCAGGCUUGCUCUUAGGGUUAGCGAUGGGCAGAAGGUGAGCAACACAGUAGUUUUGAGGAUUAUAACUGUGCCACUCGAACACAAGCUGGUGAACAACACCGGACUGGAGGUGAACCAAGGCGAAGCUUCAGUCAUCACCACCAAUCACCUUGCAGUACAAGUUAAUGUGGCUGACCCCACAGUAGAAAUCUGGUAUAAUGUUACAGAGUUCCCACAAUUUGGCGAGCUCCAGAGGUUGCACUCAAGUGGCGAAUGGAAAUCGACGACAUCCUUCUCUCAGAAACUUAUAGAAAAAGAACGGAUCCGAUACCUCAGUACCUACAAUGGCCUUCAGAUUCAGAAUAACAUCACCGAUCACUUUAAAUUUAACGUCAGUAUUGGUUCCCUUGUUAAACAGGAGGCUCUUUUCACUAUCACGGUACGCUGGAUUCACUUCAAGAUCACUCGAAGCAAGAUGGAGCUCAAUGGCAUUCAGGCUGCUCUUCUCACUGCUGAGGAUCUCCAUGUGGUUUCUAAAGGUGUUAAAAUCAGUCAGAGUGACCUCUAUUUCAGGAUGGUAACAGUACCCAAGAAAGGUCAGCUGUUCCUCAACAAUGAGGUCCUACAAAGGAACUCAACCUUCAGCCAAAAAAACAUCAGUGAUAGUCUGGUAAGGUAUGAGCUUAUCAAUCGGCAACAUGACGAUACGAGAGACACGUUCAGCUUUCAGGUGUUUUCAGCUCACGUCAACUCAACAACUUACGACUUCAGAAUCAGCAUCAAAGCUGAGUCGACCACCAUCACUGUAAUAAGCAAAGGUCUUUCAAUCAUGGAAGGAGGGAGUAAAGUAAUCACCAGAGAUAUUCUGUUUACUCACACAGCAAAUAACCGGGAGGUCCACUACAACAUUAUAAAGACCCCCAGGCAUGGGCACAUAAGACGGAUCAACCUCUCCAACUCAACUUCAAUUAAUGACAACAUUAUAACAUUCACAAAUCAAGAUAUAACUGAGGAAAGGAUCAUGUACGUUCAUGACGACAGUGAAACUAAGCAGGAUUCUUUCACGUUUCAGAUAGCGGUUUACAAACCUCACAAACACGCAAACAAGAAGGAGGACGGAAACGCAGAAGAACACACCUUUAACAUCUCCGUGCAGCUUGUCAAUGAUCAGAGGCCCGUUAGAGUUGUUGAUAAAGUUUUCCAUGUGGCACGGGAUGGCCAGAGGUUGGUGACAUUAAAUGACCUUCGUUAUCGUGAUGAUGACUCUGAUUUUGAGGACAGUUGGUUGGUGUACACACGGAGGGGGAUUCCCAUGGGAGAGUUGGUGCUGGCCAGUGAUCCAAGUCACAAGUUAUAUGAAUUCACACAGCGCGACCUGGAACAGAAAAAGGUGCUGUUUGUCCACAAAGGGGUGAGUUUUGGGCGUUUUGUGCUUUUCGUAUCAGACGGGAAGCAUUAUGUUUCAACGCUGCUCGAGGUAAUGGCCCAGGACCCUUACCUGCAGGUGGAGAACAACACAGGCCUCAUUGUCCAGCGGGGUGGGAUCACAACCCUGACCUCUGCUAACCUCAGUGUUUUCAGCAACCUUGACAUCAGAGACCCACAGGAAGUGACAUUCGAGGUCUUCCUUCCACCUAAACACGGCGUGCUCUGCUUUAUUGACAGAGAGAGCGAGACUGUAACAGAGGCAGAUGCAAUUUCAGUAUUCACCCAGCGAGACUUGGUGGCAGGGCGCCUGGCAUAUCGUCACGACGGCAGCCAGAAGCUGUUGGAUAGUUUCAAUGUGACAGCGAGAGCGAGAGAAAAGAGCACAGAGAGGCAGCUGGAGCGAGGGAAAAGGGAGGUACAUCUAGACAUUGGAGUUCCAGUAAAGAUUUAUCUGGAGAGUCAUCAGAGGCCACCAACAGUCAGAAACAACCGUCCAGUGGUGGUGGCAGAGGGGCAGAAUAUCUCUAUAUCCAGGGAAAAUUUAGAGGUGGUCCAUGAAGACAGCCAGCCCUCAGAGAUAGUUUUUACUGUGCACAGUCUUCCCAUGGUGGGCAUCAUUCAGAAGUUAUCCACUGACAACAAGCAUCAACGCACGAAUGGAGGACAGCACUAUAAGGGCGUCAGAAAGCAGCUCACACCCACAUUCACCCAGGAGGACCUGAACCAGGGCUUGAUCAUCUAUCAACAACAGACUGCAGGAAGCACCAAUGACUCUGUUCUGUUGGAAGCAACCAAUGGGGUGACAAAGGUUGGACCUAUCAGGCUGGAGAUUGAUAUCAUCCCAAUCCUGCUCCCUCUACAGGUGUCCCACUUGACCCUAGAUGAGGGGUCAUCUCUGCCUCUGACCCCUGACAUCAUUAAGGUUGCCAGCCAUCAUUUCUCAGGGAUGAACUUCCUGUAUCAGGUCAUCAAUCCACCACGACAUGGACACUUGGAGCACGGCCGCAUUCCCGGGAUGCCCAUCACUGCUUUUACACACACCGAGGUGGAACGGGAGUAUAUUUCCUAUAUCCAUGAUGGCAGUGACACCCUGAGAGACAACUUCACCAUUGUGGCAAAUCAGACGGAAACCAGGAAACACAGUCUGCCGUGCACUGUUCACAUCAGCAUCACACCUGUCAAUGAUGAGACCCCGGUGGUUACAGCCAACCACGGGCUGAAGGUGUGGGUGGGCUCAGUGACAGAGAUAACCACAGGUGAUCUCAGUGCAGAGGACAUUGACACUCCACCUGAGGGGCUGGAGUUCAUAGUGACUCCACCCAGCAAUGGUCACUUGGCUUUGAAGAGCGCCCCCUCCAAACAUAUCCUGAACUUCACCCAAAGUCACAUAGAAAGCAGACAGCUGGUGUUUGUGCACAAUGGGGCUUUGUCAGGUGGCUUUCAUUUCCAGGUGAAUGAUGGAGUGAACUUUGCUCCUCGCCAGAUCUUCAGCACAACUGCCCAUUCUCUGAUCCUCACCCUGCAGAGAAACCACCCCAUGGAGGUCUACCCAGGCUCUGUAACACCAAUCACAGAGAAGGAGCUUCAUGUGGUAACCAACAUUGUUGACGGUGAUGCCGGGAGGAACCAAUCGGUGGUCUUUGCAGUGACCUCUCCUCCUAAACUCGGCCGCCUAGUCCGACGUAUGCCCGACAACUCUACAAGAACUGUUUCCACCUUUACGCAGAGCAUGCUGAAUGAGGGCGUUAUCCUGUAUGAUCAGAACAAGCCAGAGUCAGUGGGAUGGUCGGCUGCAGACACUUUUUCUUUUACAGUGUCUUUGCCUCCGGUUUUUCUUCCUCCCCACACCUUCACAAUCUUAAUCUCCUACCAAGCCAAUGAACAUCAUGACAGCCCUCAGCACAAGACCAGACUACUAAAUAAUGCAGGUGCUGUGGUGGCCGAAGGGGGCAGGGUGACAAUAGACAGGUCUAAGCUUGAUGCCUCUAAUCUCCUGGGAAAAAUCCCAGAGUCCCACCGGAAAGACCACCACAUCAUGUAUCGUGUGAUUUCUUUUCCCCGCUAUGGGAUUCUAUCUAUCCGAGGACAUAAUCUCACCAGGAACCAACCAGAUUUUUCACAGGUCACCCUGAACAAGUUUGGCAUCACAUACAUUCACGAUGACUCUGAGACCACAAGCGACAGCUUCACUUUCCGGGCCUGGGUGGCUCCUUUGGAUCUCUCCUCCUCUUCCUCCUUAUCGUCUUUAUCUGCUUUUUCCUCUGACUCCUCUUCUUCUUCCAACUCCUUUUCCUCUCUGUACUCUGCUUCAUCAUCCGCCUUUUCAUCACUAGACACGGUUUCUCAUCGUCACGUUAAAGACACUAUGGGGGUGACAGAGAUGUUUAACAUCACAGUAACGCCAGUCAACGAUCAACCGCCACUGAUCAGAAGCAGAGCCCCCAGUAUGAAGGUUGUAGUUGGGGAGAGGGUUGUACUUGGACCAGACAGUCUUCAGGUGGAAGACCAUGAUACCCCCCCAGAGGAGCUACACUACCUUGUGAUAAGUAAGCCCAACAAUGGUUACCUGACGCUUGGGGAAAGACCAGAGCCGGUGACCUCAUUCACCCAGUAUGACGUCAACCAUGGCCGGCUGCAUUUUAUACAGCAGGGUGACCCUUCAACGGGAGUUUUCUACUUCAACGUAACUGACGGUCAUCACCGUCCACUCUACAAACUGUUUAGUUUGGAGGUGAUUAAGCCCUCUGUGUCUAUUGUGAAUAACACUGGCCUGUCAUUGGUUCAAGGCCGGACUGCGGUGGUCCUGACAACCAACCAGCUGGCAGCUCAAACCAAUGGUCAGACCCGGGCUACUAUCUCCUACACUCUCACCACCCCCCCUCGCCACGGACGCAUUGCUAUUAAUGACCAGGAGGUCGUCACAUUCCUCCACAAGGACCUCCAGUUUGGACGUGUUGUCUAUCACAUGACUGAUCUCAGCGAGUCGGAGGACAGCUUCCAAAUGUCAGUGUCGGCCUUAUCUCCCGGGGUUGACUAUGGAAAUGUAACAGCAACAGUGAAGGUGACUGUGCGGCCUCUCAUCUACCUGAGAGAGCCGGUUCGAGUCCCCAGUGGUAUCGCUGUGAAACUGGGGAAAGCCAUGAUCGAUGCCUCUGAGCUGGCGAGAAUCAGCCGAGCCAACCCGGUCUUUGAGGUUCUCUCUCCACCAAAACAUGGAAAACUAGUCAAGAUAACCUAUGACCCUAACAGAGCAUCAGAUGUCCUGAAGUCAUUUACAUUCAGAGAUGUGGUGCAAGGCCGAGUAGCCAUUGAGGAGACUCUCAGUGACAGCGACAACCAACUCCACAGUAAUGAAUCCACACUCACAACAGCUCAAGGCCACGCCCCCGCCACACCUCGUAAUGACUCUUUCAGCUUCCUGGUGAGGUCUGGAAAUGUCCAACCAGCAAAGGGCGAGCUUCACUUCACCAUCUUACCCCAUCACCAAAUGCGUCACGGUCCUGGUGGUUUCAAUAAAAUAGACGGGAUAAGUCGUGAACACACGACACCCCGUCUACCAACACACAACAGGACAACUACCGGAGGAGCACGGGGAGUUGGACGAGGAGGAUCUUCGGCACACGGUGGGGUCACUGUGGGUUUGCACCCCCACAUUUUGUCACACAAGCACCACAACAGGACACAUCACAAGCCGAGGCCUCAUAACAGAUGGGGGAACCACACGCAUAAUGGGAGUCAUGGAGGGAGAUCAAGGAGCAGUGCAGAGGGAGCAGGAGGAGGUCACGGUCAUGCUCCUCAGCCCCAUACUCCUUCUGUCCCAGAGAAACAUGGUCCUGUGAACCCUCCUGACACCCAGCUGGUUCAUGUCGAGGUUCUCCCUCGUCCUGCUUCGGACCCCCUCCUUAUCAUCCUCCCACUGCUAGCUUGCUUGCUCCUUAUUAUAAUACUCAUAGUUUUGAUUCUGGUGUUCCGCCAUCGCAAGGAAAAACAAGCCCGGCUGCGGCUCGUCCAGGAGCUCGCUGCAGUGCCAGUACCCACUGAGGACAGCCCUUAUCUGGGCAGGCCAGAGCGGAGUGUGGCUAUGCCCUCAGUUAUGGUUACCCCACUCGGCUCUGCAAGCUGCCCAACAUCCCCCAGGGUACCCACAAGUCCCCGGAGGAGUCUGGCCCCUGGAAUGACCUUCUGGGGGCCAUUUGAAACUGGUUUAAUUUGUGGUGAUGGGAAUAUUAGAGGCUGUAACAGUAAUGAAAGAGAUAAUACAGCUUCUACCAAUGUUCCUCCACCUACCGCAGGAUUCAGGAGUUCUGUGAGAUCUAGAUCCCCGACUCCGACUUUAAAAGAGAGCCAGUACUGGGUAUGAGGGUAGUAAUGCUGAAAAAAACUGUGCCUUAGAGGUGUGUUUGUAGUGUGUAAGGUAUAUGUCUGCUUUCUGGGGAACAUCUAUGGUCACCUAAGGCGCAUCCAACAUGUACUUUUUGGAAAGAUGACAGUAAAAAUGUACGAUAUCCAGUGAUUUUGGUAAUAAACACAUCUGUGCACAAUUAACACUGUAAUGAAAUACCCAGAGUACUUCAUCUGCAAAGUAUUACUUAUUUUUAAACAUACCUUUAGUGCGUCAUUGUUUCUGAGAUAUGAAGCACUGUUCUGAGUAAACAGAGUAAAUGAUUUUUGCUUAGAAAACUUUUAAUGUCAUAGUUCCAAGCAAUGAACAUGAACAGCACUGGUUCCUUCUCAGGAAAAAUAGUAGUUUUUUUUUCCCUGAAACAAAGAAUAGUAAUUCAUUUUUUACUGAAAAAGGAAGUGAAACAUAAGUUCUUUUUAUGUGAAUCACAUAUAUAGCAGCUUUAUUCUGAGUUGAGUCAUGAGAGUUAGUAAGGUAAGUGGUAACUGAGAUUUCGAACCCACAGCUGUUGCACACUGUGCAGAUGUCAAGUGUUGCUUCCUUAAAACGUUGUACGUCAGCCAGUAGAUCAUAAUGUUUGUAUAUAUGACUAAAUGUACUGUAAGCUAUAACACUCGUCCCUCAGACAGGUAUUUUUCCCUGUCCUGCACUUUCCUGUGUCCUUUUUUAUUACUGUUCUUGCCAUGUAAUCGCUUCUAAUAUCAUUAAUGAUGAACUGUAAGAUGCAGACAUUAGAUAUCUUCCCCAAUUCUUGAUCAACUUAAAUAUUUUUGUUUUUUAAUAAAAAAUAUUUCUUAAAGAAU